AUGGCUGAACGGUCGAAGAAGCAAAGAAGGAAGAGUUUUGGCGUGUUUGGGUCCACUGGGCUAUUGUCUCUGGAGUCCGCCUCACCCGUCGCCAGCUCUCGAUUUCGUGCUGGAGACCGGUCCUCCUGCGAUGCGUUAACACUGGCUAGAUAUUACAGCGAGCGUCGCGGACAAGCGGAUGUGCUUGAUUCUGCAGCCGGAGCCCACCUGGACGACAGCCACCUCCAACACCACCACGACCACCUCGAUCACCAGCAGCAGCAACGGCGGCGGCUUCAGCAGCUCCAGCAGCCAUUGUCAUGGGCCAGCAGCAGCAGUAAAGAGGAAAACAAGCUACGAAACAGGAAAACCCGCUCAGGAAGCAGAUCCUCGUUGCUGAGCCUGGCGUUUGUCAGGCCGCGUCCUACCAGCAGCGCCGGCGAGAUGAAGACAACGACCAUGACGACCACGACAACAGCUACGAGACAGAGACUGUCAAAGGCCACGGCGAGGCCGCUGUCGUAUUCACCCUCGCUGCCCUUCCAGCAGGAGGACGAGCUCUACCUGCCGAACUUCACCCUACCUCACUCUGCCACCGAACCAAACAUCCGCUCUCGAUCAAAAUCCGUCAACAAGACCCUAGGCAGAAGCUCCGUCUUUGGCUCACUGAGAUCUCUCAAGUCUAUGGAUGACGACCAGCAUUCGACCAGGACAAGAUCCAGGUCCACGUCGAGCAACGAAGAUGACCUCCCAAUAAUGCGGGAGUCUGGCAAUUCCCGCGUCCAUAAGAUGCAGCAGCAGCAGCACCACCAUCAUAACAACCACAGCAAUAACAAUAAUCACUACCAACCACAGAUGAACCGGAGUUUCGGCGUAAAGGUUUUACAUCACGGCGAGGUGCAGACUGCGGGUGCAAUGUGGAGGAAGCGAAGUCAUUAUCUUGUACUGACCGAGUCUCACCUCGUCCGUUUCAAGAGCCAGAGCAAGGCAGCAGAAGUCUUCCCAUCCAUACCGUCAUCCUGGGGCCGAAGUACUGGCGCGGCAGCAGCAUCGAACCGUUUUUCUAUGGUCUCUCUUGCAUCUCUACACGAAAACCAGCUUGCCGGAGGCGCGGUGGCACUUGGAGGAGGCGGCGACGGCGGAAUAGGAAUUGCUCUGAACAGCAUAAUAGCCGUCCACCGGCUGGAUGACGGGAAGCCGUACUUCUCAGUCGAAGUGUGCUACGCGGACGAGAAGAACACCAGAGGCUCGGCUAUACAUAUCCAACUUUCAGACCCGCAAGAAGCGCAGUUAUGGCUGAUGGGCAUUCGAGCGGCUGCAGAGACUGCCAUCUCAAUUGAACCGCCCGUGUUCGACGACGACACGAUCAACUAUGUAACGAACGUCUUGGAACAAGAGAGAGACUAUGAUCCAGAUUGUUUUGGACUGUAUAGAGUCGUUCACCGGAUGUCCACCAAGCAAGGGAACCGCGCGUCAACUGAUGACAUCACGAAACUGGCAUCGAAUGCCUGUCUACUUGCGAUUGGGGCGCAUAAGAUACAUAUCCUCCCAACUCACACUAAAUCAUCCAAUAGAGCUUCCAUGGCAUCGUUGGUUGAACUGGAUUUAGACGCGUGUCUCGGAAUAAUGGCCCUGUCCUCCAUCUCGGUGCAGGCCAAUGACGAUACCUUUCAGUUGAUUUUCAGGAUACCAUUCAAGAGCCCAUCAAUAGUCAACCUAUCUUCAAGCUAUUCCGGUGAAAUCGCACUAUUCCUACGACAACGAGCAGAGUAUCUAAGACCUGGUUGGAUACAUCAACCCUUCGCCUUUAAUGUCCCUCCCCAUGUCCAGGCACGGGUAAUGCCACCUGUAACUUUUGAGGAGGAUUACGGGUGCUUUGACAGGACUCUGAUUGCUUACUGCGCCGCAUACGACGUCGAUACCUCGAAAAUUCGCUAUAUGGUAGACUACCAUUGUGAAGAUGCGCCUGCCUUUCAACUACUCCCGCGAGAAGGUUGCCCGGAUGGAGGAGGAUAUCUUCUUCUGGAACUUCUUGCAGUUUUCCGUGCUCUGCGAUACAACGAGUCUUUCUGCACAAUCUCAUUUGCACGCAUCAACCUGGAUAUCCUACAACAGAUGCGCGAUUCUUACGGACCAGAUUUCGACGCCUUGCGCACAAGAUCGAAUGUGGCGGUCAAUAUCCCCGGACAAGAGGAGGUUGCCUCGCUAACCCAGGAGGUACGGGCCCUAGCCCUCAAAAGCAGAACAUUACAGCGCAUGGACUUUUCAUACUGCUUGACCCGCUCUGCAAAGGCAGUUGGGGGCGAACGCGACCCUGGAUGUGGUAUUCCAGAAGCCGUCUUCCCCCUUUGCCGACGCAGCCUAACCCGGGUAGACUGGCUCGCUCUCAAUGGCAUCGAGCUUGGCGACUCGGAUCUGGAUUAUCUUGUCGACGCGGCGUCUCAGAAGACCUCGGCACUCCGAGCCUUUGAAGCGAACAACUGUGGCCUGCAGGUCCACGAUUUGAAUUUGAUUUUGUCCACCCUCCGAGUUCAGAAAGACACCCUUAAAUGUCUGCAAAUUUCGAAUAUUGUUGGUCGGUUGAGCCCAGACCAGUUCCAGCAGCAGGCUGGCUGUCUGAGGAAUAUCCGAAAGCUUGAGCUUUCUCAGGUUUUGCGGACCUCGAAGAGUGAGCCUCUCAUUUCGGCUGAAACAUUGCUGAGCUGGGAGCUGGAAGAACUAUGUCUGAACAACACCACAGUCAACGAGCAGACAGUGGAGUCAAUUGCAAUGUACCUUGCGAGCCCAGAGUCCAAAAAUCUCCGUGAGAUGCGCCUUAACCAGUGUGGAAUUACUGGUGGAGAUGUCGCUACAUUGCUGUAUUUCAUGGUGGACGACGAAUUAAAGCCUCGGGACAUACAUUUGCAUGUAAACGACAACAGACUGGCAAUCGACUGCGACCUCAUGUUCGCUUCCAUAUCGCAGAACCGCACCUCAACCCAUCUCACGAUGAGAAGUAUCGAGUUUCAGCGCGAUGAGGACUUCAGGCAUUUGCUGGAAGCACUUACUCAGAACAAUACUUUGCAGUAUCUUGACAUCUCUAGGCUAUCUCUCCCCCACGAUGCAGGUGCCGAUACAUCCAAGGCCUUGCAGAGCAUGUUCGAGCAAAACUCCACCAUCCAAGAACUCGACAUCAGCAGCGAGCAAGCCCAUCUUGACGUAAGCAGAUUUGGAAUUGGAUUGAAUCUUGCCUUGACAGGAUUGAAAAAGAAUAAUACCCUGAAGGUACUGAAGAUCGAGCACCAAAAGCUAGGCGUUCAGGGGGCAAACACACUUGCAUCUGUAAUAGAAGAGAACGACUCGUUGACCGAGAUACAUUGUGAAAACAACGAGAUCAACCUGCAGGCAUUUACCAUCAUAGUCAAUGCUUUGCAGAAGAAUAAGUCCCUGGUACACAUCCCAUCAAUGGCGAGUGACUGCAAACGAUCCCUUGCGCGAGUGCAACGGGAAAUGGAAGCUGACGUGAAGGACACGGGGCUCCGGUCCAGUCUCUCUACUGCAUCUUCGAUUCGUCGAUCUGUGCGAGCAGCAUUUUCAGGCUCUUAUAGCAGCGGUGGUAGUGGUAAUAAGUUGGUUAAGUCACACCCUUCAGUUUCACAGACUGGUGGUUCUCCUGGUGUUCGUCGCGCAUCAUCGGCCACUCUCGGGGCUACUAAUGGCGCACAGCCUGGCGUAGCGGCAUCUGCAUCCUUACCCCAAAUAAGUGGAAUAUUCAAGAAGCUCGCCUCCAACGCUACCUGUACCGGGAACUACAAUAUCCUGCAAGGCUUAAAUGAUCAGCCUGUUGGUGAAGAUGACACUAAAAGCGAGGGACGACCGGCCACAGCAGCCAGCUUGACCACAUUCCUCAACCAGCUCUCGCUCACGCCGAUUGAAGACAUGAGCCAACGAGAUGGCACCUCUGUUGCUGAGACGCCAUCUAGCGAUGCAUCAGCACUUAGUAGGUCCGCCAGCUUCAAGACCGCCAACAAUUAUAUGGAGGACACAGACACGUCAAAGGAUGAUAUCGGAGCUGUGGAUUUUAACUUGGACUGGUCAUUUUCACAGUCCUGCUCAAAACAGAGCGCACUUAUUGAUCGUGUCCUUCCGGGCUCUGGGUUUUCGUCCCAGUCACAUAUCCAAACCGACGAGCUUGCCGCACCUGUGUCCACCCAACCUCGACCGGCUCUCCUUCGACCAAGCAGCAGCGUACGCAGCAGCAACUCUACCAGCACCGUCAGUAUCAAUACCAAUACCAGCACGACAAUGGACAGGAUUCCAGUCAACGGACGGAAAUUUGGUACUACACGGACACCAUCACUACGUGGCAUGUUAACCGCCAGAAAUACAAGCAAGAAAGAACUGCAAAAGAAACCAGACCCCAACACACCACCACAGUUAGAUUGGAAUCUUCCUGAGAUCAACCUCCUUUAG